UCGGGGUCAGUAAGUUACACUGUACUGUACAGUACAGUACACUUGUAUGUUUUAUAGGGUGGGCUGGCAUGCUAGGCUAGCGCACAAGCUGUUGCGGCUCGACUCAACUCGGCUCGCUGUGCUUAGCAGAAUGGCUGAACUGCCCGCUCUCCACCCGGAGUCCAUCGCCUUACUAGAGCGCCUGAAGGAUGAGAAAAUGAAGCCGUUGGUAGAAGUCACUCCUGCUGAAGCGAGACGACAACGUGAGAUGUUCGCAAAGAAGUACUCAACUCCUGUAGUCGACUUUGAAGGAACAACGAGAAACGUAUCCAUCUGCAUUUCUGACCGGAAACUUCCAGUGAGGAUCUACCAGCCCGUUUCAUAUCCCUCUUCAGUAAGACCCGCAUUGCUGGUAUACUUCCACGGAGGCGGUUGGACCGUUGGAUCAAUAGAAACGCACCACAGCGCUUGCGCCUCCCUCGCACAAUUGUCAAGCUCGGCAGUGGCGUCGGUUGGAUACCGUCUGGCACCCGAGCACAAGUUUCCUGCUGCCGUGGAGGAUGCUCUGGCGUCCGUCGAGUGGUUCGCAGACGGGAACAACAGGCGGUUGGUCGGCUUGCCUGAAGACAUGAAUGUGGGAGUGGGUGGUGAUAGCGGUGGUGGAAGACUAGCAGCCGUUGUCGCUCAUGAACUGCACGGCAAGUGCAGGAUAAGCUUUCAGGUUCUUAUCUACCCUGGAGUCGAUGCGACUGACAGCACAGACUCUCACAAACGUUACGAGAACGGUCCAAUCCUCACCAAAGAAACGAUUGCCAAAUUUCGAAGUUAUUUUGCAACAGAGCAAUGUCAUACAACCAAUCCCAGGCUGUCUCCAAUACUCUACAAAACCUUCGAAGAGCAACCGCCUUGCGUUCUGAUCAUUGCAGAGUGUGACCCAUAUCACGACGAGAGUCUAGCUUACGGAAAGCGUCUCGAAGACGCAGGAGUGAAAGUAAAGGUGCUCAUUCUUCCGGGUCUUAUCCACGCGUUUUUCUCUAAUCCAGGCAUAUGUAAGGAAUCCUGUAGGACGGCAUACUCUUUCAUCGCAGAGUUUUUGAAAGAGCAUGAGCAACGCGUAUGAAACAACUCAUAUAUAUAUAAAUGAUAAUAAAAAAUGGACUUGCUCA